CUGACGGGCAGUGUGUUUGAAGCUUCACUCGUCCAUUUACAUGUCUUUGCGUUCAUUUCUUAAGUAAAUAAAAUGUGUAUUGGACUCUGAUCACGGUAAAAGACAUUUUGAAAGGAUGUUGGAUAUUUCAGAAGAAUAAUUGCUGAAAACAAUUUGAGGGACGUCUCAAGUAUCAUGAACGGAAACAUAACUUCAAAUGCAACUUUUAAUCCACCGGAAAUGCCAAUAUGGGGAUUCUGGGUAAAACAUGUGGCGACUCCUAUCGUCACGACUGUCGGGCUGACCGGGAAUUUGUUGUCGUUCUUAGUGAUGGGGUGUUCAAAGAGACUCUGUAAGAAAUCCUACAGUCAGCUCCUGUGCCUGCUCGCCGUAUUUGACAGCCUUAAUCUGAUAAUUAAUCAAGUGGAACUGAUAGACGAGAUGGUAGUCUAUAAAUCCGGACAUCAGAAUAGCUUCUAUGUGGACUUUCCUAAUAGCGCCUGUAAGAUCUACAAUUUCUUAAAACAUGUCUUCCUCCUGAUCUCGUCCUGGUUGGUGGUUUGUCUGUCUGUAGAGAGGGUCCAAGCUGUGUGUUUCCCCUUCAGAAGAACUUUCAUUCGAAAACGGUUUAGUGUCGCUAUUCUCGUAACAAUAACUAUCAUCAUCCUGUCCUUGACACAAAUUUUCCGGAUUCUAUUUAUAGAAAACGUGAGAGGAUAUUGUAUGGCGGUACAGGAGUACCUAUCCCUCUAUGUUUAUCUUCAUCAGUACGGCUAUCAUCUGAGUCUACUGUUCGCUUUACCCUGCGUCAUUGUCCUCUCGUGUAAUUUUGCGGUCAUCUACCAGAUUUACGUCAUAAGAAAAGAGGCGGGACACGACCGUCCUAGAUCUUUAGACAGUACGAGGAAGGCGACAACCAUGUUACUUUUGAUAGGAUUUGUGUUCAUUAUAACCAUGUUUCCUCAGUUCGUCUGUAUGAGUGUCCUUCUGUAUUAUACAGACGAAAGCAGACGACAUAUUGGACGACAAAUGAUGCUAAACAUGAGACCAUAUUUAGAUUUAUUUACUGUAGUUAGUUACACAAAUUAUUCCAUUAACUUUGCAAUAUAUGUCUUAUGUGGCAAGUCCUUUCGUCGGGAAGUUAGGCGAAUCUUUAAGCGCACCCGACGCGGAAGUUUCUUUGGAACGCGGACUCGGACAAAAGAAGAAGUACUGCGGUCAUAAGGAUCCGUCACGUGGUCAGUUGGGAAUACAUAAAUACUGUGAUAGUGCAUGAUCCUCAAGUUACGAUCUCAUAACAUUGCAUAUGAAAAACAACUAAUUUUGGGGCAUGUUAAUGGUGUGAUAAAAAAUAUAUCAUGUGAUACAUGAUUAAUUAGGGCAAAUGAUAGUUUCUGCUGUUGAUGUUGAAGAGACAAUAAUUUCCGUAUGCCAAUCAAGAUUUAUUGAGCUCUCAUCCAGUUGGCAAGGUUGAUAAAUUCUGAAAUUGUUUUGAAAUACAUAUGCAUAUGCAUCUAGAGUUAAAAAUGUGAGAAAAGGAGAAUAACAAAGAUAGUCAAUCUUUAAAAAAAUCUAUAAAUAAUAGAAACGUAUUAACAGGGUAUACAACCCAUUGCUGUAACAAGAUGAUUUUAACAACCGAACUUUUUACGAAAUCUGAUAUGUAUUACCGUAUAAGUAGAACUUUUAGCAAGGAUUUAAUUUUGGCUUAGUGAGGGUGUUGAGAUCGCUAAAAAUAACAGCUUUUUAUUAGCAAAAGCUUCUUUAUUGAGAAGUUUAAAAUCGCGAACAUUUUCUCUUGCUAAAAACAAUUUUGAAGGUAAAAUAGCUGAAUUUGUGUCUUGCUAAAAACUCCACUUCUACGGUUUUUUUUUUAAAAUAUGAUAACUGGCCUUUAUCUCCAGAUUUCGUAGAAAAUGGAAACAUAAUAAUUGAUAUUCUUCUAACAUAAGUUUCUUGACAUGCUGUAAGAAUACAUUUUAUGAGAAAUAGUAGUAUUUACUUCAUGUUAGAUCUAAAGUCUAUGUGAUGAGUACAUUUAGUGCAAAUACUUUUACAUAUUGUAUAAUUUUAACUUUGUGAGAUGCUAAAU